AUGGACAGUCCCAAUACUGUGCAUUCCGGACCUCCGCCACCAUACUCUUCAUAUGCACCUUCCACCGCAGGCUCGAAUCAGGCUAUCUCCGGGUACAUCUCUCCGCCUGAAUCUACUACUCGCCGAUCCACCAGAGAAGACGAGAAAGCUUCACCUGGCCGCAAAUCCCUCCCGUCAAUACACGAAGCUCUUGGUGGAGAAAGGUCGCUUCCGUUCUCCGCUGGUUCCCAGCCGGCCUCUGGAUCGAAUCCGUCGACUGCGAUCACGCAGAAUUUCCCUGAGGCUCCCAGAGGGCCUUCCAACCCUUUCUCAGCACCGUCAUUCAGAGAUAAUACUUUCUCAAGCCAGCCACAAUCAAAUCCUCAACCGCCUUCAGACUUACGCUCGAAGGAAUCCGCGCCUUUCCUCCAUCCACCCUCUCCGCGCACAUCGGCGCCAUCAUAUCAAACUGGCCCGCUAGCGAGUUCGACAUUCAAUUCUCGGGUGGAUCCUCAACCUCCUCAUUCACCUUCUCAUUUGGAGCAGCAACGUCAAUCGUACAGCUUCCCUCCGAUUUCGAAACCUACUUCAUCAAGCUACAACAAUGAAUCUUUUCAAUUCCCAGGAGCCACCAAUCUACACGAACAAAGGCCUACGUUCGCUCGGGGCCCGGAGGUAUCCUACGAGCAGACGAUCAAAAGACAUAUUGACGUCCAUGAAGCGGCUAAAGAUCUGAAUGACGUUCGAGAAACAUCACUCAGGUUUUACGAUGUCUCGCAGAAUUGGACGCAUCGAUAUCAUCAAGGAAACCGCUCAGGGUUCUUCCAGGAUUCCCUCCCACCCCUCCACGAGAUCGAUGAUAUGAUGCGCAAUGCGCAUCUCAUGAUGGAUAACCUGGCUCGCGUAAAAGAGGUCGUGAUUCAGCAGCAGAACGCACUGUCUGAACAUCGUGCUCGAUUUGCUCGGGGUUCUUUGGAGGACGACUACCAAGGCAUCGCCGAUGACUAUAAGGCUGGGGGUUUCGCUGGGGGUGACGCAAAGAAACGACGAGGCAAAGCCGCACCGCCUGGCCGAUGUCACAGCUGCAAUCGCGCCGAAACACCAGAGUGGCGAAGAGGGCCGGACGGUGCACGCACACUCUGCAACGCAUGCGGUCUUCACUAUGCGAAAUUAACUCGCAAAAUUGGUGUCAACAAAGCAGCAGCCAUGACAGGAUCGAAUUUACGACCCAAAGGACUCGAUCCUCGGCCUUGA